AUGGGCGACAAGACUAGUAUCAUCAUUGACGAGGCCAAGGCCCUUGGAGAGAAGAACAAAGAGCAUUUCGACCAAGUCGCCGCUGAAGUGUUCAAGCACCCAUGGAUUCAGCGGCUAUGUAAUCAGAUAUCUGACGAGCUGCGCGAGCAGAUUGACUGGAUUGGUAUUCCCGAAAGGCCUGAAGGGAACAGAAUACUUGAUUAUGCCUGCGGCAACGGUGUUGCUUCUCGUGCACUCGCCCCAUAUGUGUCCACUAUCCGAGGUAUUGACAUCUCCUCCAAGAUGGUUGAGCAAUACAACAUGCUUGCGGAACUCUGCGGGUUCAGUGCAGACAAAAUGAGAGCUAUACACGGGGACUUGAUGAAUCCCGAAGCAUCGCCUUCCUCAGAACUCAGCACUCCAGAGUUCAACGACUUUGAUCUCAUUGCCAUGUGUAUGGCUCUCCAUCACGUACAGGACUAUGCAGCUAUGAUUCAAAAGCUGAGCGAAAAGCUUCGUCCUGGUGGCGUCCUCCUAAUCAUCGACUUGGUUGCUUCCUCAGAGAGUGGCUGCCCUGAAGCCACUAUGGCUAAAGAGUUGUCUAACCAUACCAUGUCAAAAAUGGGCUUUACUGAGAUGGAGGUCAAGACUGCAUUUGAGAAAGCUGGCUUGGAGGGUUGGUCUUGGAGGUGGUGCUCUGAGAGAUCCCAGGUCCCUGAAGAGAUAGGCGGUGAACAGCAAGGCUUUUUCGCCCGAGGUUUCACCAUGGGUAUGCCAUAUUCAAAACAAGUCCACGCGGCAUUCGAUCAAGUCACGCCGCUCGUGGCCGCUGGUUUCGAAGUCCUCCGCACGACCAAAAACAUCGCUGUCUUUCUUGCCUUCCUCCAAGUAUUCGUGGCCAUCAUAUUGACUCUUACGCUAUUAGCGAUCCUUGCGGUGAUUUAUUCUGUCAAUCCAGACUUGGAACAGGAACGUCGUGCGCUGGUCACGCCAUGCAUGCAGUGGAUAGCGAGCUGGGUGAUAGAGUAUGGAGCUUUAACGGCCUGGAUUUUGAAGGUCCUUCUGGUUCUCGGUACUGCCGGACUGGGGAUAUUUCUCUGGCAAGGGUCUACUACGGAUGUCAUUCCGGAGGUUGAAGGCGAGGAUGACACUCCUGAAGAUAUUGAGUGA